AUGUCGACCCAGAAAAGAGGCAGAGCCUGCUUGGCUUGCGCCUCCAUCAAAAUCAAGUGCCAACUGGGAAGCGACACCAGCUUGGAGCCGCCAUGCGAACGAUGUGUACGGCUAAACAAAGAAUGCGUACUAUCAGCACCCAAGCGUCAAAAGGAUCGAGUCGCAGAGCUUGAAGCACAAGUCGCCGCGUUGACGAAAUUGCUGCAAGUACAAGGCAUCCAGGAUCCUACCGCGGCCGCUUCCCAGCAUGGUGAAGACAGUACAGGAACGUCGCCACUACCGUCGACCGCCACAGGCGAAUCAAAUGGCAAUGCAAGGAAACGAAGGCUGCUGGACGACUCACCGGCCUCAUCAUCUGUUGAAUACAUCUCUGCGACUUCAUUGGACUCCCGAGACGGCAACAACAAGGACCUCUGGAAGCUGGACAACAUCGUGCCACUUGAGUUCCAGGAGCGGAUCCUCGAACGGUAUUUGACUGAUAUUGUACCUGUCUUUCCCUUAGUACCGCUUCCAGCAGAUACGACACUAGAAGCCAUCCGUGCUGAGCGGCCAAUACUACUGCAAGCAAUCGUUUAUGCGGGCAGUCCUGGUGUCUUGUCCUUGGACAUGCAGGAAGAUGUUGCGAGGAUGUUUCUCAAUCGAAUCUCCAGCACCACUUUUGAACAAGGGCAAAAGUCACUCGAAAUCAUCCAGGCCAUUCAGAUCACUUGUCUCUGGUAUAGAGCCCCGAAACAUCACAAGCAUAUCGCCGCGUACCAGUUGAUAUCGCUUGCGUCAAACCUUGCCGAUGACAUUGGAAUCAGUAGUCCUUUGACAGCUCCAGGUGUGAAGUACUCGGCGGAAGGACAGGACGUUGAAGCCGUCGAUGCAUUACGGGCUUGGCUUGGCUGCUAUCAUUUGAGCUCUGUCAUGGGAAAUCUGAUGAGAGCGACCGGCCUACCUGCAUGGUAUCAUGAAGAGCCGACCAAUCCAUUCAUGUCGAAGAUGAUGCGUAGCGGCGAGAAAGGCCCAGCUGCGACGAAUUGGGGCUCACACCACGACCAGUGCCUGUUGUUCAUGGAGUAUUCGCCCACUUCUCUUCCCACCGACCGAUGGGUAGGCCAGUACUUCCGUGCUGAGAAGCUCUGUGAUGAUGUGGUCGAGCAGAUGGACCUCUCCAACUUGGCUUCGUACUAUGAUGUGUCACAAGUCGGCAUGAAGAUCAAAGUCCAGUCUUGCAAAAACCAAAUUUUGAACUGGAAGGUCAAGAUCCCCCAAGCGCUUCGAGUGCCGUCUCUGCUUCUGUGGGAGCAUGUAGCUACCGCUUACAUGUACGAGGCUGUUCUGCACACACCGACGAACAAACGGUCGUUCGCCGCGCCUUUCGUCGCGGAAAACCUUUCGUGCUCGGACUUCCCUACGCCCGUGGUCACACAGGACCACAUCACGGCCAUUUAUGAGCUUCUAAGCGCCUUGCACGCAAUCAUCGACAUCAUUUCGAGUUUCGAUGCCAUGACGACAAUAGCGUUACCUGGCCUAUUGUACGCUUCUCGCGCAGCAUACGCAAACUUUGUGCUGGCUAAACUGUACAUUGCGGUCACUGCACCAGGCAACACACUUGGAACGAUACUGGAUCCCUCAACCAUUCGAGCGGACGAGUAUGGCGAGAAAAUGAUUGAUCUCGGCACCAGAGUCAAAGCUAUCGAUGAAAGAUGCGCUCCAGCGCGUAUGCUCGUCGCAGCUACAAGACUGAAGGAAUGGUAUACAUUGUACAAUGCCAGCUUCCUAUCGACUGUCAGCAACGGCAUGAGCAUAGAAUCCACCAACACCGCGCCGCUUGACUCGGGCACGUUUGGCAAUGUGUUCACAAGUCAAACCCCAUCGGACUGGACCUUCCAAUUUUCUGAUAGUGCCGCCGACUUUGGGCUCGAUAUCUUGUUCGCGGAACCACUCCCAUUCGACGGCUCAAUGAAUUCAUUGGCAUUUGACAUCGCCAAGUGA